AUGUUGCUCCACUUAGCUACUCUAACAUUAAUUUUAUUGAAUGAAGUGAAAAGUGAUUUUAUUAGUGAGGGCACAUGGAAGGAUAUGAAAAACGCUUCCAUAGACAACCCAGAAGAAUACUGCAAGAACAAGAAUUGCAUAGUGAAGUGUUGUCCAGAUGGCCAUGUUAUAAAAAUAAGAUUCGGCAAUUUUUUAUGUCAUCCUUUAAGGAUAGAUUACUCUGAGUUUAACAAAAACAUUACAUGGGAUGAUUCGUUGCGUAAAACAAAUGUAUCUUACUUUCACUUUAUACAAAACGACCGAUUCUCGGAUCUAAACCCAGAAUUGUCAUUUAAAUUUGAGUUGUUAAAGAAUGGGUCAAUGAUGGUGGAUGGAUCUGUCAAAGAGAGAUUGUCAUUCUGUGUGGACUUCCUUUCAUGGAAAAGAAACACCAAACAUAAGCUUGUUUUUCAAUUGAACCCAGAGCCCGAACAAGAUGAGGAUGCUAAAAAUCUGUUCAAUGUCGCAGGAAUGCUGAUAUCAUCGUUUUUCAUGUGUCUGGUGUUGGUGGUGUACGCCUUACUACCAAAUCUACAAAACAUAGCAGGCAAGGUGCUGAUGGCAUACUUGUUUUCGCUGAGUGUCGGUUAUAUAUUAAGAGCUCUGCAAAUUCUAGAUUUUGUAUCGACUUUAACCGUUUCGUUUUCAUGUUCCGAGUUAAGUCCAGCGUUCUACUAUUUCUUAUUAUCCAGUUUCUUUUGGCUUAAUAUUAUGUCAUUUGACUUAUUUUGGACUCUUAGAGGUCAACGAAAAUGUCGUGACAUUCAUCGUCAAGGCGAGGGUGUAAAAUUCUUUUAUUACAGUAUUUAUGCCUGGGGUACUCCUUUACUAAUAACAUUGUUGGUUAUCAUCGUUGAAAAGCAAGAGCUAUAUAGUGAUAGUAAAUAUGAACCUCCUUUUUCCAACUGUUUUGCAGAUGGGUUCUCAAGUCGACUCUAUAUGCUUCUGCCUAUUGGAAUAAUGACUUUAAUCAACUGUGUCCUCUUUUCGAUGACUGUUUACAAUAUAUGGCUGAUCAAACGCAAUGUUGUUAGCAAUAACGAGUCAAGGAACACUAAGAAGCAACAAAACAGAUUUGUGAUAUACAUCAAAUUAUUUAUAUUAAUGGGUGUCAGUUUUACGCUCGAACAAUUCCCGAUGGCCGGUUUGGUGUGCUACAUUCUUCUAAAUUCUAUGAUAGUACUCUCUGGAGUUUUCAUGUUCUACAUGUUCGUGUGUAAGAAAAACAUUAUUCUAAUGCUGUGUAAAAGAUUUAACAUACAAAACAGGUUCGUGGACCGACACCGCCCAUCUAAUUAUUCUUGUGUGGAAUCUAGUAAAUGCAGUCAGAUUAAAAGUCGCUACUCUCAGAAAUCCUCCGUAAAAAGCGUGGAAUCAAGUACUUUGACGACAGAAAUAUAA